GGGGGGGCCUGGGAACCUGGGAGCGCCCCGUCCCUCCCGGAGGUGCCUCAUUAACCCGGGAGGAGCCGGGGGCGAGAGCAGCGCGGGGCGCGGGGACGCCGCGAUGAAGCGGCUCUGCGAGGAGAGCGGCUCCGACACCGAGUCCGACGGCACCAUCGACGUGGGGCGGGAGGAGGAGUACAGCCAUGUUUCCAGGUCUGUGUCUCCUACUACGACAUCUCAGAUACAAGCCAGGAAGAAGCGGAGAGGGAUCAUUGAGAAGCGGCGCCGUGAUCGUAUCAACAGCAGCCUCUCCGAACUGCGGCGCCUGGUGCCCACUGCCUUCGAGAAGCAGGGGUCUUCCAAGCUGGAGAAGGCAGAAAUUCUACAAAUGACAGUAGAUCACUUAAAAAUGCUUCAUGCCACUGGGGGAACAGGCUUCUUAGAUGCCCGAGCUCUGGCUGUGGACUACAGGAGUAUUGGCUUCCGUGAAUGUCUGACUGAAGUUGUCAGGUACCUGGGCAUCCUUGAGGGCCAAAACUCCGCUGACCCCAUCCGGCUGCGACUCCUGUCCCACCUGAAUAAUUAUGUGGCAGAAAUGGAGCCUUCGCCUGUGGCCACUUCCCUGCUGCCCAUCCAGACGUGGCCGUGGUCCUUCCUCCACAGCACUGCUGGCCCCGUGCAAAUCCCCAGGAGGGAGGCUGCUCCUGCUCCAGUUGUUUUGACUGCAUCUUCCCUGGCGUAUCCAAGCCCUGCUGUGAGGUCAGCCCCACUUCGCCGUGUUCCCAGCGACAUGCUGCCAUCCCGCCGAAGCUUCCUGGCCAGCAGGAUGGCUUCUUCUAGCCGGAGGGCCCGAGGUGCAAGCUCAUCAGCAGCUGUAGCAGCUGUGCCCAGGAUGCCAUCGCCAGCAGGUGUGUUGAGAGAGGGCUCAUCCAAGAGCAGCCAAAUCGCAACAUUCCUCUUCUCGCCAGCCUCUGCUGCCGUCCCCAUUCCACCGGCUUACACAGCACCUCCCUCCUUGGGUGCUGCUGUGCAGGGACCUGGGAUCAGGGUUGGGACAUCCAGGAUCUGCCGCUCCUGGGCGACUGAAAUCGGGGCUUUCUGACGCUCCCCUCUGCUUCGGAGACAGGAAUAUUUCAGCACUCAUUGCCCCCAGAGGCCUAAGAAAAAACGCAGCUGAAAAGGCAUCUUUCCUGCUUUGCAGAAGCCAAGGAUCCAUGAAGAAAAUUCUCUUUACUCUUCCCUGCCUCCUCACCACGCUCUCCUUGCCUCACCAUCACUCGUUCUCUCCCUCAUGAUGCCUGCGAACGUAAAUCACAUCCAGUUCGAUGAAUUUGUCUGCACGCAGCUGUACUCCAGACCCUUCUGUCCACAAAGGAGGGGACACACAGAGAUCCCAACCCUUUCCCUCCUCCAGCAAACCCCUCUGCGGAGUCCAGCAUUGCUCUUCUUUGGAAAACAGCCAGCCUUGAUUUACUGCCUUAUUUCCUCGGGCACUCAGAGCUGCCAGACAGAGACUUCCUCACGACGACUCCCUGUGAUAUGUCCCCUGGCUGCAGCACCUGAUUUUGGUGUAGAGAGAUAGACACACUCGCCUCCUCCCCAGCACUGCUGCACCCUGCAAGGCAGCAUAGAGCCCCCAGCAAACUGGCUGUCUGCUAAUCUCUGUACUUUCCUCACUGCAUUACCAACUUUUCCCACUUAUGUGUCCUUAAGGUGGAGGGAGGCAACAGCUUAACAGAGCUUGUUCCCACAGCCGAGCUGCAACCCUGCCGUGUCCGCAGGGAUUGUGCUGGGUUCCUGCACUAUCAGUGCAGGAGCAGCCGGACAGAGGGAGGCUUCUGCAGCCUCUGUUCUGCACAGAGGUGUGAAGAGGCAAGACAGGCGAGACAGAGGACUUCAAAGGGACGUCUGUCAUGGAGGAGAAGGCUCUGACAGCCAAUGUGAGAAGAAAAGGCCUUUCCCUCUGCCAGUCUCCCUGCUGGAGCUGUCUCUCCUCCAUCCCCUGCUGAACAGCUGUGACUGUAAAGGGGGGAACAGGUCAGACCAGCCUGUGUUUGAAGUGCCUCCCUUGUUCUCUCUUACCCCUGCACCCCUCGCCCUCUCCUCCCACAGUGUCUCUGUUUUCAUGUUUUGGUCUCACAUUGCUCAUCCCUCUCCCUGGCCUGGGACCAAAACCCACUGAGGUUUCACUGCAGACCUUGGCAAGCUCUGGGUCUGCACUUUUCCUGAUUCCUGAGAGCUUUUUCUGCCUUGUCCUGUGUGUCCCAGGACAGCUGGUGCAGCAGAUACACCUCUGCUCCUCCAGCUGUCCUCCUCUCUUCUUUGGGCAGGAAGGAAGAGAAACCUGAAGCUCUUCAGCCUCCCUGCUGCUGUGCCACAUCCCUAACGCCUGUGGUGGCCGGGGCAGGGUCUCCCAGUGCUCCCCUCUCUUUCAAAUAGCCCCCACUCCCUGCAUCUGUGCCUUGACUUGCUGGGAUAGAUGUGCAGAACAGCCUGACCCAGCUGCGUGCCCACUCCAAGGAGUCUUGCCCAGCUUUACAGCUUUGUGACAUGAAAACAGCGACAUGGAAAGGUCAGUGCAAAGGAAGGUAAAAAAGAGGGAGAAGAUCUCUGUCAAAUGGUGAAUGCUUUCCUCAAGCCUCCAGUCAAACGUGAAGCCAGUUAGACUGUGCAGAUGAGCUGGUGGUUGUGUUCCUGCCGACUGUAUCUGUCACGUGCAUGUCAAUGUAUGCAUCUGCUGUUGUUUGGGAAGUGACUCCCUCCCAGUUGUUUUGAUGAACAUCAUCACACUUAACACACAUAAAUGCCUCUGCUACUUCUCCUCACCCUUGUCCCAAAGUGCCAGGAUCAGCCACCCUUUUAAUAAAGUCAGAGGAGGUCUUCACGGUCCCCAGUUGUUCCUGCGGCUGGUUGGCACACUAGACCUCACAGCAAGUAGCCCAGCCUCACUUCACACUGUGCAGAGCUGUUAGAUUCACGAGCUGUGACAUCCUGCAAAGGUGUCAAAUAAAGUCUUUCCACCCCUGUCCUGGCAGUGAAAUGUAGUGUUGAUG